CCCAAUUCUGCCUAUGUCCAGAAGACAGCCUGCCUGAAGAACUUCAUUGUUUGACUUUAAGGAAAGGAAGAAGUUCCUAGUACUAAAGAAUCUUCAGAUCCAGUUCUAACAAGUAGUUCCAUGGCAGAUGUCAUAAUUUUGCUUUCAUUCUCAAUGUUGCCAAUCCUAGCAUACAGCCAAAUACAGAAAGAGGAGGAUUUGCCAAUUAAAAACAUAACUAUAGAUAUGAAGACAAUGUUGUUGAGAUGGACCAACGUGGAGAAUGUGAAUAACGUCACCUGUACUGUUAAAAUCCUCUCAAAAUUAGUAUAUAAAAUGGAGGCAAUAAACAACCAUAGGUGCAACAUGAAAAGUUUUCAUACCUGGUGCCAAGGGGUAGACUUUGUAAUUGAAGGAUUUUCUGGGAAAAGAUUUUCAAAAACAUUCCAUCUUCCCCAAAGAGGAGAAGAAGGGACCACUAAAGAAAAUGUAUCCUGUGAGAUUCAUGAUGCAAAUUUCAUGGACUGCAAAUGGACAGUGAGGAAAACUCCAGGAGAUAUCCAUUAUCAAUUUUUUUACUCCCAAUCCCCACUGACUUUUGUGGAUAGAGAAUGUCCAAAUUAUAAGACAGAUCCUGAAGGCAGACGUGUUGGAUGUCAUUUUGAUAACCUCUCAGGAUUCCCAAACCCUUACCCAUAUCACUUCCUAGUGACUGGAACCAGCAAUGGAAGGGAAGUCCAGUGUACUGAUGACAACAUUUCACUAUGGGAUAUUGAAAUAUUUAAACCACCAAAUGUCACCAUAAAUUGUACAAACCUUAGAUGUAGACUACAGUGGCAGAUACCCAAAACAAUACAAGUUCAAGGCAAUGUCUUUGAAUAUCAGCUUCAAAUUCAAAAGAUUGCUGACAAGAAUUUCUCUGAAGUUGUCUUUAAUAUUAAAAAAACAACAAACUAUGACUAUGCAAUUAGUUAUGGAAAAUAUACUGUGAAAAUAAGAACAAGAAAGCUUUUUUAUAAAAAUUGGAGUGAAUGGAGUGAGCCCCAAGAAUUUGGUGACGAAGUCCGUAAAGAUAAUUCUCUGCCUGUAAUCAUGUCACUUCUGGGAAUAGCCUUCACUAUGCUGCUCAUUAUGGGAUAUCUCUGUAAAAGGUAUUAUGUGCUUCAAAAAAUAAUUCCUACUGUCUUCUAUAUUAGGAGACCAAGUUAGUGAUAAUUUUUAUAAAUAUCUCAAGGUGAUCUGGGAAGAAAAUAAAAUGUUUCCAGAAAAAAUGUAAAAUUGAAGAGAUUAUAGAUCAUGGGGGGAAAAAAAUCAAACUGAGCAUAAAAUUAAACAAGAUGUUUCAUUGGAUAAUGUUCUUAGAAGUUUAUUUUCUGCUUUUUUCUAAUUUCUAUUUUUUUCUAAAUAAUAUUAUAGUUACACACAGGAAGACUGUAUUGAUAAAUAUUUAACAGUUGGUUCUUUGGGGAGAAAAUAAUGUACUCAAGACAUACUUUUAAGUUACAUCUGUAUUGUUAUCAUUUUUUCAUCACUUUAUUAAUUGUAGACCACCAAUAAAAUAAUAUUGAACUCCAA